AUGACCUCUUCACUUCCCUGCUACGCAAAGAAGGCGACAGCUGAUGAUGUACGCGCCUUCCUCGACCACUUCCUGCUCGGUUGCGUGGUAUGCGAAUGCAUUCGGUAUUAUCGCUUCAUCAGGACCGACAAGAACCUCAUUGUAUUCAUCGUCGUCACAUCAGUCGCGUGCACGCUCGGACACACUGUCGAACUGAUGGUCUGGCUGUCUGAUAUCUUUGUCUGGUCAUACGGCUCCUUCGUCUCCUUCGCCGAAGGUCGAUACCUUCAUAGCUACCUCCUCGUCGACUCCAUCUGCACCGUCCUCGUCCAAACCUUCUACAUCGACCGAGCGUAUCGUCUCCACAGACACUGGUGGCCACUUGCCUUGCUUGGUCCGAUCACCAUAUUGGCAUUCGCGAGCGGAGUAGUCAUCGCGCAGCUCAUGGCGUACAAGCUCACCAUGCUGGAUCCGAGCUUGAUCAGCCUCCCGCGGGUCCAAGUUGCCGCCUACAUCUCGAACGCUCUCUCGAUAGUCGCCGACGCCGGUAUCACAUUCGCUAUUGUCUAUGGUCUCCACAAGAACAAGACGGGCUGGAAACAUACCGACUCUCACUUGAAAGGUUUGAUCAUAGUAUGUUUCGAAGCGCAGAUCCCAGCCUUAUUCGUGGCCAUUCUGACCACGAUCUUCUGGACGACCAAAGUCGAAAUUGCUAUUCUCUGCUUGCUAGUCCAUACCAAGGUUUAUUGCACUGGUCUACUCAUCACCCUCAACUUCCGCUCGAAGCCCGGCUCAACUACCUCGGUCCAGUCCUACUCGCACCGAUCCCACGAUCUUAGCGGAAGUCACGAGCUCUCGGAUAUUGGAAGUAAGGGUCUUGGGGUGAUGAUCCAGAUGGAGACCGAGACGGCGUCCCAUCAAGUCCCCGUCUACUCGAAACGAUCCAAAGUCAUGGGGUGCGACGCCGAACACGCCAGUACAUACUCCACUACAACCCACCAUAGUCGGGCCGAGUCCGAUCAUCGAUUCGCGCAGCAAGAGUACGGGUCGGAAUGGGACUCCACGGCGGCUUUGUAUCAUCUUCCGCGGGAUGAGGAGAAAGGACAGGCUUUUAGCGGGUAG